GAAAGUUGAAAACGAUUGUCGUUAUAGGACCAAAUUGACUUGCUCAGCGCGAAAACAUCCAAAAAUCUGGAGAGCUAUCGCUUUUUCAAAUCCCAAUUGGUCACCUCUCUCUUCUUUCUCUCUCCACCCAAGAAAGAAAACCUGUUGUGUUGGAAUGGAAGACGAGAGAGAUGAAGGUGGAAGAGAAGGGAAGGUCAGGGCCCUCAUUCAAAGGGCGAUCAACUCAACCGAACCAGAAAUCGACCCACGCCUCCUCAAGGCCAUCAAAUUUGUGGUCCGCUACUCUGAUUCUGAACUCCGACUCGCCGCCCAUACCCUAUUGGACCUCAUGAAACGCGACCAUGCACAGGUUCGGUACCUUAGCCUUCUCAUAAUUGACCAACUUUUCAUGCGGUCCAAGCUCUUCCGGGGGCUCCUUGUUGAGCGUAUGGACGUUCUGUUAACUCUGAGCAUCGGAUUUCGGGGGAAUCAGCCUCUUCCUGAUCCACCAGCUGUUGCAAGCCUUCUGCGUUCCAAGGCGAUUGAGUUUUUGGAGAAAUGGAAUGACUCGUUCGGGAUUCAUUACAGACAGAUUAGAUUGGGGUUUGAUUACCUGAAGAAUACUCUCAGGUUUCAGUUCCCUAAUCUGCAAGCAAAUGCAGCUCGGUUUCAGCGGGAGAGAAGAGAGAGGGAGCGAAGGUCGAAAGAGAUCGUUCUUAACAAGUAUGAGGCUUUGAAAGGGAAUUUCUCAUCCAUGGAGGAUGAAAUACAAACUACAAUUAAUGAGAUUGGAGAGUGUUUGGACAUUGUUCGUAGUGGGGAGAAACCCCCUGUGGCGUUGGAGUCUAUUGAUGAGGAUGAUUUCGUAGAGAUCCAUUCGGUUGAAUUGAGGCAGUUACGUAUCACCACAUUGGAAGAAGGAGAAAAGGUUCAUGAGAGCAUAGAUAAUAAAGUGGUUUUUGAUGCAUUGAGGGAGCUAUACAGGCUUGUUGUGACAAAGCAUUUGGUUUCAGUUCGAGAAGGGAUCUCUGUACUUAUACGGGUUGAAUUGACAGAUAACAAAUUAAGAGAUUCCAUUUUGAAGGAGCUCAUUAAUAUCCAAAAUCGUCUUCUAUCAGUGAAGAAGAAGUGUGAAGAAGCAGGUUGUUCUCUUUUAAAUACUGAAAGUAAUAAUGAAGAAGAAGAUUUUUGGGAGGAGGGGAAAACUGGAUGUACCGAGAGUGAAAGCUCUAUUGCACACCAAAAUGGAAAUAACAGUGUUACCGUUGCAUCAGUAUCCACUAAGGUGGAAAAUACUGGUCCUUCAUGCAGUGCUAAAGACCGAGGUAAGAAAAAAAUGCUUCGUGAAAGUCGUAGAAAUAAAUCAAACCCUUUGAAGAGUAAGCUAUUGGCUGAUGCUCCAGUUGUUCAAUGGGGCUCUCAGUUGGACAAUUGGAGUUCACAAAAGGAUGUUUUAGCCAACCAGCGGGGACUGGAGCUUGAAAGCCACUGGGGUAGAGUGGACUAUGAUGCAGUCAUUCCUGCAGAGAAAAUUGCAGAAUUAAAUAUUCAGGCAACAGUAUAUAGUGAAGAUCAAGUUGAAAUUCAACCAUGUCGUGCCCCUUUGAAAAAAGGUGGACUUUGUCAGAGAAGAGAUUUGAAAGUAUGCCCAUUUCAUGGACCUAUCGUUCCUCGAGAUAAUGAAGGAAAACCACUUGAUCAGGAUUGCUUGAAAAAUGAUGAGGCAACUUCUGAUUCAGGUACUGACUUAGUAGAACGCAUAGCAAAACAAGCUGUUAAGAAUGUACGUGAGAGAGAUAAAGAGGUAGCAAUCAUGAGAGCAGCUGAUAAACAAUCCUUGAAGCGUGCUAAACUUGCAAAAGUAAGGGAGCACAAUGAGGCUUGUUUAAAGGAUGCUGCAAUGGCUUCAACUUCAUAUUCUGCAUCUAUUGGAGAAGACAUGGAGGCAACUACACAGAAUCAGCUCUCUAAAAAGAAGCAGACACUUGCUUCGAUGUUGAAGAAGAAAGUUACUCCAAAAGAUAGAUUAGCUCAAAGGCUAUUGAACGCACGGACAAGGAGUGCAACAGUAUCACAGCUUACGUCGGCUGAGGAUGCAAAGUACAGAGAAGCUUUCCCAAAUCAGUGGUAAAUGAAGUCAUCAUAUACAUUUAUUUGAUUAUUUAGAAAAUAAUCCCUAGAUGCAGAGUAGGUGGAGAUUGCAAAACAAUUUUUUUUUAGCUUUUUAAUAAGAGAGAUUGUAAACAUUGGCAUUCUGGUUUCACAGCUAUACUAAACAGAUGAAACAGAAGAGCACUGAUGCUUUCUUUCUUUGUUUUAUUGUAUUUGUUUUAUAGGUUGGUUUGAUCAGUCUUGUAAUAUAUGUUUAUUAUUUUUUCUUGAAAUAAAUGAGAAAAAUUUGUAUAUGAA